UACAGAGGAAUAGAAAAAAAACCCUAGUUUCGACAUCGGCACUGUAAACCCUAGUUUCUUCUUUCGCCCUUCUCUGAAACCCCUUGCACGCCGAAGAUGCCGUUCAAGAGGUACGUUGAGAUCGGAAGAGUCGCUCUUGUCAACUACGGUGAAGACUACGGAAAGCUUGUCGUCAUUGUCGAUGUUAUUGACCAGAACAGAGCUUUGGUGGAUGCUCCUGAUAUGGUCAGGUCUCAAAUGAACUUUAAGAGACUUUCUCUUACUGACAUUAAAAUUGACAUUAAGAGGGUCCCUAGAAAGAAGGAACUCAUUGAAGCUAUGAAGGCUGCUGAUGUUCAGAAAAAAUGGGAGGAUAGCUCUUGGGGGAGAAAACUACUCGUGAAGAAAAGAAGGGCAUCACUUAAUGAUUUCGAUAGGUUCAAGCUUAUGUUGGCUAAGAUAAAGAGAGCUGGAUUAGUGAGGCAAGAGCUUGCGAAGCUGAGAAAGAGUGAAUCUUAGAAAGUGCAUUCCUUUGGCUUCAAAUUUUGUUGUGAGUUUAAGUUUAUCAGGUUUGGAUUGUUAUCUCUUCUGUUUCUCUGGCCCUCAGGAGUUUGUGAUUGUUUUGAGAUGUAUGGAAUUUGUACUUCCAAUAGUGAGAUUUUACCUAUCUUUACCACAAGAUGCCUAUAUUACUCCAAUUAAGCAUGAAUCUGAAUCUGCUGAGUGCUGAUGUUUCUCUGUUCAACUGUUAAAUUGAAUAUCUGUGC